GCCAAAUACUCUUCUGGCAGGUCAGAAACUAAAUAAUAUAUUAAAAUGGCCCGUGUUGGGAACAACGAGAAUAACGUAGAAUGUCGACAAUCGCAAAAUAAAACCACUUCGUCACAUUCAUUUUCAAUUCAAGAUAUUCUUGGCCUGGACAAAACACAAGAGAAACCUGACUUGUAUAGUGAAAACAACCACUUUUCAAACACAGACACCGUUAUAAAGAUCGAGCCUGGAAGUCCAACGGCGACACAUUUAGAUUGGAGUACGAGUCACUUCACAAGUUUCAUGCAAUUGGAUCGUAUGAACCCGACCUAUUUCUCGGACAAAUUACCCCCACCAUUGAACACCACUAAAAAACAAAAGAAACGCCGACAUCGAACAAUAUUCACAAGUCAGCAAUUAGAAGAAUUAGAGAAUGCUUUUAAAGAAAGUCAUUACCCUGACGUGUAUGCCAGAGAAGCUCUCUCCAACAAGACAAGCUUGAGUGAAGAUAGAAUACAGGUUUGGUUUCAAAAUCGUCGUGCAAAAUGGCGUAAAAAGGAAAAGGUUUGGGGUAACACAUCAAUCAUGGCGGAAUAUGGUCUGUAUGGUGCGAUGGUACGACAUUCUCUACCGCUCCCACCACAUUUGGCUGAUGCAACAUCUGCGAGAUGGUUGCUUGGAAUGUAUAAGAAAGCAGGACAUGCAGAAAAAACUGGAAAAGAUGAAGAAAACGAUGAUGAAGUAAGAAACUUAAGUAUUGCAAACCUGCGACAGAAAGCUGAAGCACACAGCAAAAAUUUGGAAAGUGAGAAAACUUGUGAAAUGCAAAUUGAUGACGAUGAAUCUUCAUGAAACUGUUUAUUAGAAGACGACCUCGCUCUCUUUAAUUUCAGACGAAAUCUCAAUAUGACAACGUCGUGUGACGGUGUGAACUAAAUCUUACGAAAUGAAUAAGAACGAACACGUAAAUCUUUUAUAGUUUUUAACGAGGAAACUAUUAAAAUAAUGUAAUGAGAUAUAUGUAUAGAAAAUAAUUAUGUAUAAAACGUUUUUCGCCAUUUUCACAUUGUGUGUCUUGGAUGUAUAAAUUUACUCAAACCUAUGAAUACUGUGUAAUAUAAAAACAAUGUUGAAAAAUUAUAACUAUGUAUCGAAAUAAUGUUCAAUAAUAUAAAUGGGGGAAUUAUUAACCACAACCCCCAAAACGCGAGUGUUUCGUCGUCAGUUUUUUAGUCUCUUCGAGACUUUCUCCUGUAUAUUAAUACCUCAAUUCUGAGUUGCAAAAAAGCUGCGGGUACGCGGUGCCACCCGGAGGAAGGUUUUCUUUAAAAGAGGUUUGUGAGGAAAGUUCAAAGUUGAACAAUCUAAUUGAUCAAAUGCAUGAACCAAAAAAACAAAUAUUUCUUUAUGCUGGUUGCCACUUGACUCAGUGACGUAACGUCA